AUGUCGAUGACCUUGGCGAUCUGUACGAUUAGUUAUGCAACGCAAGUUUCUGAAGCGCCUGGAAACCUGACGCUUCCUAUCAAGGGAGGACCAUCAUUUGGCUCUCGGCUUCACUUGGAGGUAUAUAAGGAUGAGGCUCGCCUUCAUCUUCAGUCUACAGGCAAUCGCCCAGUCAUGAAGAAUCUCCUGCCUGUCCUCGUUGCCGUUCUUGGAGUGGCUCACACAGUCGCUGCCGUGACUGAGGAUUUCGUGGUUCCAGGAAGUUGCCCGCUUGUAGAUGAAGCGUCUCUGUGGGCUACAUACAGACCAAAUCUCUGGCAGAUGGAUGGAUUUUGGUAUCACCACUCUCACACACCGAUGCCGUAUAAUCCCAUCGUAAACUGCACCCAGAUGAGAUGGGAGUAUAUUGGAGGUUCAUUUCGAACUGAAGCCAACGGUUUCGACGAAGAUCAUGCCUUCAUGAAGACAACGGGACUAAUCUAUGAAGCCGCUUGUGGUAAACCCCAUCUCGUAAUCGCCCAUGAAAAAUCGAGACCAGCUCCUUUGGUCAUCCUCGAUUCGGACUACAAGAAUUUUGCUUGUCUUUAUUCCUGCCAAGACUUCGGAGGGAAAUAUUACGGUGACUUUGGAUUCAUUUACUCCCGAACCCCCAAACUGGACCCCACAUUCGUCAAAAUCUGCCAGGAUACCUUCAAGAAAAUUGAUUUAGACAUCAAUACUUUCAAGAAGACUUACCAAGGAGACGAUUGUCCACACUCCAACAAAAAGAAAUUCCAGUAA